AUGGGCCUGAGCUGGCUGCUGCUGCUCGGCCUGCUGGGGCUCGGGGGGCCGGCGGCGGGCCCCGGGGCGCGGCUGCGGCGCGACGCGGGCGGCCGCGGCGGCGUGUACGAGCACCUCGGCGGGGCGCCCCGGCGCCGCAAGCUCUACUGCGCCACCAGGUACCACCUCCAGCUACACCCCAGCGGCCGCGUCAACGGCAGCCUGGAGGACGGCGCCUACAGCAUCCUGGAGAUCACAGCGGUGGAAGUGGGCGUCGUGGUCAUGAAGGGGCUCUUCUCCGGCCGCUACCUAGCCAUGGACCAGAGAGGCCGGCUCUUCGCUUCGGAGACCUACAGCGCCGAGUGCGAGUUCGUGGAGCGGAUCCACGAGCUGGGCUACAACACCUACACGUCCCGCCUGUACCGCAGCGCGGCGCGCGCUCCGCGCCCGCCCGGCGCCGAGAGACUGUGGUACGUGUCGGUGAACGGCAAGGGCCGGCCGCGCCGCGGCUUCCGGACGCGCCGCACGCAGAAGUCCUCCCUGUUCCUGCCCCGCGUGCUGGACCCCAAGGACCACGAGAUGGUGCGGCAGCUGCAGCGGGGCGCCUGA